AUGCUAAAAAAGCGAAGUUCGCAGGCGCCGCGGGUACAGGGGUUAGGCCCCCGCCGCGACGUGACGGUCGAGGGCGGGAAAGGCACCAGCGGGGAAAAGGAAGAAGACAAGUUCGCCGGCGAUGACUACUACCUGAAAGUAGCGGACUUUGGUCUGUCACGGGUCGAGGGGAUCCCGGUGAAAAAGUACGUGCACGAGGCCGUCACGUUGUGGUAUCGCAGCCCCGACGUCCUCCUGGGCAACACAAACUAUUCCUAUUCGGUGGACGCCUGGUCACUGGGCUGCAUCAUUGUCGAGAUUAUGUCAGGGGCCGCCCCGUUUCGAGGGAAGGACGAGAGCGAUCAGCUAAAGCGCAUCCUCUCCCGCUUAGGCGGCCCAACGCGCAGUGACCCGCCCGGGAUGAUGGCGUACCCCCACAGCGAAACCUACGAGGCCGUCCUCGAAUCCAUGGUGCUCUAUCACGAGAAGGAGAAGGAGAAUGGCACCUUCACGGCGAAGGAGGCGCAGGAGCUGAAGCACUUGCUGGAGCGGGUCCCGCUGGGUGCUCCGCCGCCGUCCUCGACACAGGCGACGCCUCGACCAGGUCGCUGCCAACAAAGCGCGACUUCGCCAGCUGCUGGAGAACAGGCGGAGGGAUGGACGUUCUGGGCGAGGAGGCCGACAUGGUGGCGCGACUGCUCAUUGUGGACCCGGAAGAAGCGCCUCAGCGUCCUCGAGGCGGUGCAGCACCCCUUCAUGCGCCUGCCUCGCCGGAAGAAUUCGACGAAGAGCACGAGGUUGCCGGCGACGGGACCUGUCAGAGACGUACGCCGUCCCGCUAGCCGGCGAGGAUGGCAGCGGCGCGCGUACGGCGCCCCGCCCCCGGCGGGCCAGUCUGGUCCACGGGAGGUUGCGGGUGCACACCGGCGGCAUCAGCAGAGCCUUUAUCCAACCAACGGAACAACGGCGGCCGGGGAGAGAAGACGCUGA